AGGCCGGGGGAAGCAGGCGGAGGCGGAGAUGGAGGAUGAAGAGGGCUGGAAAAGGGCCGUGAAAGCAGCCAAGGCUGGAUCCGCGCUGAGCUGCUUGGGGACCUGCUGCUCCCCGCUGGCCAUGGCUGUGAAAGACCCCCUGGCGGUUGAACGAACAAAUCUAUUGAACAUGGCUAAGCUGAGUAUAAAGGGACUCAUUGAAUCUGCUCUGAGCUUUGGGCGGACUCUUGAUUCUGAUUAUCCACCUCUCCAGCAGUUUUUCGUUGUCAUGGAACACUGCCUGAAACAUGGCCUGAAAGUAAAAAAAUCUUUUCUAAGUUACAAUAAAACAAUAUGGGGCCCUCUGGAACUUGUAGAGAAAUUGUACCCAGAAGCUGAGGAGAUUGCUGCUAGUGUUAGAGACUUACCUGGUCUCAAGACUUCAUUAGGACGCGCUCGGGCUUGGUUACGUUUGGCACUUAUGCAAAAAAAGAUGGCUGACUAUCUACGAUGUCUCAUCCUUCGGAAAGAUCUCCUUGGUGAAUUCUAUGAAUAUCAUGCACUGAUGGUGGAAGAAGAAGGAGCGGUGAUUGUUGGACUGCUUGUUGGGUUAAAUGUAAUUGAUGCAAACCUGUGCAUAAAAGGAGAAGAUUUAGAUUCACAAGUUGGUGUGAUUGAUUUCUCCAUGUAUCUAAAGAAUGAAGAUGACGCUGAAGAUAAAGGAAGAAAUGACCACAUUGCUGCAAUAUUGGAUCAGAAGAAUUAUGUUGAAGAAUUAAACCGGCAAUUGAAUAGUACAGUCAGCAGCCUCCAUACACGUGUUGAUUCACUAGAGAAGUCAAACACUAAAUUAAUUGAAGAGUUGGCAAUAGCUAAAAACAACAUAAUUAAACUUCAAGAAGAAAACCAUCACUUAAGAAGUGAAAACACACUCAUUUUAAUGAAAACACAGCAUCAUCUAGAGAUGAAUAAAGUAGAUGCUGAAGCAGAACUUCAGACAUACAAACACUCCAGACAAAGCCUGGAUGAAAUGUAUAACGAAGCACAUAGGCAGCUUCGGGAAGAAUCGCAGUUAAGACAAGAUAUAGAGAAUGAACUUAUGGUCCAAGUUGGUAUGAAGCAUGAGAUAGAACUUGCAAUGAAGUUAUUGGAGAAAGAUAUACAUGAAAAGCAAGACACUCUUAUAAGUCUGCGGCAACAGCUGGAGGAAGUCAAAGCGAUCAAUGCAGAAAUGUAUCAAAAACUGCAGUUUUCAGAUGAUGCCAUGAAAGAGAAGAAUGAAAUAAUUGGUCGCCUGGAGGAUAAAACCAGUGAGAUUACCGCAACGAUGAAGCAUCUGGAACAAAGAUUGCAGCAAGCAGAGAAGGCUCACAUGGAGGCAGACAGUGAGGACAAGAAAUUUAAACAAGAUUAUAUGAGUAAAUCUGAAAGUCUCCAGAAAGAAAUUGCCCAAAAGGAAAACCAAGUGUGUCAGUUGGAGACAGAUUUGAAAAUAGAAAGAGAAUGGAGACAAACCAUGGAAGAGGACCUUAAGAAGGAAAAAGAAACAACAUGCUUUCUAAAAGCAGAGACUCAGCAAAUCAUUACCCUUAAAAAAGAAUUCCUAAAAUUACAGGGAAAAAACAAGCAGUUGAGAAAUCUAUGUCAUGAUCAAGAAGAAGCUCUCCAGGAACUAGCUGGCAAACUUAGCGAAUCAAAGCUUAAAAUAGAAGAUAUAAAAGAAGCAAACAAAACACUUCAGGGCCUGGUCUGGCUGAAGGACAAAGAAGCUACUCACUGCAAAUUAUGUGAAAAAGAAUUUUCCCUUUCCAAGAGGAAGCAUCAUUGUAGAAACUGUGGUGAAAUUUUCUGCAAUGCCUGCUCUGACAACGAGCUGCCUUUGCCAUCUUCACCAAAGCCUGUACGCGUCUGCGAUUCCUGUCACGCGCUGCUCAUACAGAGGUGUUCUUCCAACGUGCCCUAAGUCAUUUGCAGAAGAGUUAUAAAAUGAUCACUGUGAGGCCGAGUGCUAUUGUGUUGGCUACUUAUAUAUUCCUGCAACUCUGGCUUAAUGCCCUUAUCUUGUCAAAAUAAUGGAAAUACUUGUUCCUAAGUCUUUGUGCCAUUGUUCUUGCGAUGCCAGAAUCAAAGUCCUGUUUUGUGCAGUUGUGCUGAGGCAAUGAUUGAAAUGCAUCCACUUUGCAAGAUACUGUGUCAUCCAUCUGUAGGGAUGGAGGCAGAAAUGGUCUGCUUCCGCUGUUUUGUCAUGCCACUGGACUAUUCCAGUAUGUAGUACAGAAUUGUGCAACUUGACCUUGUAAUCGAAGGCUCUAAGCUGUGAACAGGGAAGCCCAGAAGCUGAAGAGGAGUUGGAUAAAGUUACACUUAAAAAGUACUUGUGUAGUUUGGGGUCCUUCCUGACCUUUCCUCUGAAAAAGCUUUGCUGCUUAUUUUUGGGCAAACUUAAUUAAGCAAAGUAUAAACAAAUGGCACCAAAUGAUAUACAGUACUUGUUCUGGUGGCAGAACUGGGUUAUUUUCUUGUGUAUCUGUGCACGGUCCUUCCAAAUACAAGUUGGCCUCGGGUUCCAGCUUCCCUGCAGCAGUUUCUGCAGGUUUAAAUUGAAUAGGUAGGAAGCUGGAAGGCUUUGACUCUCAAGGGGAGAUUCACGUUCAGGAUCCACCAAGAACAGUGGCCACUCAGGGCUGAAAGGGCUGAGCUCGGAGGCUCAGAUGAGAAAGGUUAGGGAGAGAAGGGGAUCUUGUUGUGCUAAACCUCUGGAAUCCAAUUCCAUAGUUAACUUCCCCAAGUGGCUGAAAUGCAGUAGUUACAAGAGUCGUGAAAUAACCCUUUAUAUAUAUACCGAGGAAGGGUAGCAGGCACACUUGAGGGAUGUCUCUUUCCCAUACAGGAGUUGUCCCAUAACACGAUUGCCAGAGAAACAACUUCAGAUGAGUUCUCUGUAUGCUGUAUAAGAUUGGUGGGGGUAGACCAUGUAAAAAGAAUGUAUCUUAAAAGCUGUCUUCAAGUACUCAUUUUAGAAACAAGCCUAGUUGGACUUUUUGUAUAAUAGGACUUUUAUAUGUAUGCACAAACCUGCACUUUUUUAAAAUGUAAACUUAAGUUGUCUGAAACGAUCUAUAAGGAAGAUAGAAAUUGACUUGUUAAAUUACAAACUGUAGUGGAUUGUCAAAUGAAUUUUUAAUAGAACAGGCCAGGAUAGUGUUGCUUGUGCCAUUUUAUUUGUCUUGUAGGAAGAGGGGAAAAAAAAUCCAUGUUUAAGUCAACUUUUUAGAAAACCACAGUAUCUAAUUAAUAAUUUUAUCUGAAAAGUGGAGGAUGUAACAAGAAGAAAUGGUAGUCUUGUUGCUCUGCUGGUGGGUCGUUUCUAACAGUAGACGUUGCAUCCAAGUACUGGAGAUUUAAGAUAAACAAUCACCUUUUUAAAAAUAAGAACAGCAAUUAUAAACAAUGAUCAGUUGCUAACUUUUUACUAGAAGGACUUCUGCACUUUUUAUAGCAUGACAGGAGAUCUAAUAAAUUACACUAUGUCCUUCGCUCUACCAAAAGUAUUAUCUGGUCCAUUCCUACUUUUCGUGUAAAUGUUAACAGCAUGGGAGACCUCUGGGCGAUCUGUAUAGUACCUUAAACUAGCUCCUAUAGGACUGGCUGCUAUUUAAAAUACAGCUUAGAUGAACUCUCAGUGUUGACAAGGAAGGAAAACCAUACAACAGGACCAUAUAUCAUUGCAAGUAAUUUUAACUAGCUACUUCCACACACCUCAUUUUAGUCACAUUCAGAAGAAUUACACUUUUGAAUGUAGUCACUUUUCUAACCUACUGCAAAAAUGGAAGGCUACAGCCACUUGAUCAGUCAUGUGCUGAGCACCUUUGAAAGCAGUUUUUAAUGUGAAAGCAUCAUCUAUUCAGAAGUUGGAAUGCAUUUUUUCCCACUAGAUUUGCCUAAAACCAAACGCCCCUUUUCGUAUCUUCCUCUUGAAAUAAUCAGUCUCCCACAAUCUGGUGCUUUCCAGAUGUGUUAGAAAAUGUAGAAUUGCAGUAUCAGUACAAGAUCCAUGAAAGGCAACUGUAACUGUUGAGGUCAACAGAACUUGGUGCAGGGAUGCGCUGUUCUGUAGUUGUAAUUCGUUUUCAGUAUUUCUUUAAGGGAUAGCUAGUACCUAAAGCAAAGAUAACCUGAUACAGAUUUUAAGGGAUAGUACAAGAAAUAGAACAAGGGGAACUCCCUGUCGGUGAGAGCUGUCAGCAGAAGGACAGGCUGCCACGUGAAAUGGUGAGUUCUCAUUCAUGAGAGGCUGGAUGGUCAGCACUGGCUGGGGAAUUCUGGGAGUAGAAGCCCACACAUCUUAAAGUUGCUGAGCUUGAAAAACACUGCGCUAAUGGAUCAUUCAGUGAGCAGGGACUCUUCUGAGGGGAAGGACUCUUCCAGCUUGAUAAUUCUGAAAUUCGUGUAUCAAAAUGUCCUUAAGAACAAUACAACUGAAGCUCUAAUGGUUCAUUACAAACCCAUGAGUGACUAAGUAACUUGGACACAUGAUAUUUUAUCAUUUCCCCCCCUUAUCCCAUAUCAGCUGUGAAAUGAUUGUUUAUUGCUUAAUCACUAGGGCUAUGCAGUGGUUCAGAUUCAAUCCCCACAUGGUUCUUUGGAGCAUGACACCUGCCUACAGUUCUUUAAAGCAUGUCCUUGCCCGGGUUUGCAGGACAGCCACAACCCUGAGAAAAGAGAGAGAUGCUGAAUAAUUGCAGACAGAAGUGUUCACACCUACACAGGCUCUGACGCAUUUGGGGAACUAAAUCUCAAAUGAGCAAUUUUAUCUGCUGUGUAAUCAGCUCCUCUUCAGUUUCAGCUGUGAAAUUAGGUCAAAACUCAAGACUAUCCAACCCUUAAAGAAAUCUGGGCUUGGAAUCUUCAUCAGAGUUUCAUCAACCAUUUCUUAUGUCGAAACAUUGUCUAAGAACAAGCUGUUAAUUUCUACGGUGGAAGUGUGCCAAGUUUUUAAACUGGCCUAUGUCUAUUUUGUAAUAUUUUGAAAGCUUUUUUUAAUUUUAAAAAAAGCAUAGCUUUGGGCUUGACUAUUAUGGAUUCUCAGUUCAGUCACUGGAAACCCUUGGGCCCAAGAGGUCCUUAAAGAUGUCAAGCAACGCGUUCUAGAUCUAGAUUUACAGAGGGAAAAGAGCAGAAUCUCUUACCGGUGUUAACAUUAGCCUUUGUGACAGACCUUCAUUUACUCCUAAGUAUUUACCCGGCAUUCUCACUGUCCUUCACACAUAGUUUUAGGCUUUCCAGGCUUAAUGCCAUGCCCACACAGCUUCUGGAAAGGAGGCAUAACAACCUUCCUUUUCUGAACUGCAUGGAGGGUGUUGUUGAUUUAACAUCAGUAUCACCCUUCCUUGUAAAUUGCUCCAAAGGUAUCACAGAAUGCGUUGUUCUCUUAGCUGGCAAAUCCUUAGAAAUCUCAAAAAAGGAAGCAAAAUAUUGUUCAGUCAUGACUGCUUCAGGAAACUCUGGGUAUAAUUAAAUUUUGCUAUUGUUCCACAUCAGAAGGCAACUAUGUUUCUGUCUUUUAGCAUUUUACUUUAUUAAACGUUUGGUGUUUGAUAUUUUACAUGGAAUUUUGGUCCAUGACCAUAAAUAAAAUUUGAUUAAUUUAAAAUACAAACGUUUGUAAAUGUUGGGAAAACAAUAUUCAACAAUUUUCACCAUGCCUUGAUAAUGCUCAAAAAGUCAUUCACUUUAUCAAUGUUAUGCACUUAGUACACAUGGAAUUGCUGUGUAAUAGCAAUUGAUGCACACGUAUUUCCAUUAAAUCAGAAGUAUUUAAUUUUUUCCCAGUAAAAAUGGGUUUAUCUUAUAACCAGUAUGCUGGUCCCAUGUGACCAGGAGGUGCACAGCACUAAUGUUUACAAAGGGUAGCUCAUUCAGGGAUGGGUGGGUUUUGUUAUGGAUCAUGCUAAUGCCACACCAUGUUAGCAAUUUUGGUGUAGGAAAUAACAGGCUCUUCCGUAUAUAUAUGUAUUGACUUCACCAUAUUCAGACCCAAAGGGACUUAUUCUGAAUGAAAGUUGAAGCUGAUUCAACUGCACUUAUCUUAGAAUUCACUCUACAUAUUUAGAAUGAAGAGUGAAACUGAUGCCAGGACUAUCUGCCCUACCCACAUCUCUCAAGCCAUAGACUCAAUAUAUUGGUUCACAGAAGCUGAUGUGAUAAAGUCCUUGCUUUGACAACCACAUUAUUUUGAGUUUGAUUGUAUGAUCCUGUUAAUAUACACGACCAUCUAUGCACACCUUGUGUUAAUAAAUGCCUUGAACAGUG